AUGUCUUCUGUUGGAGUCCUAGUAAAUUCGGGGCAUCUUCGAGUAAUCGAUAAUGAUUUCAAACAACUAUUUUUGAACAAUGCGGUCAAGGGAUCGAAAAGCGUUAUAUCAAGCGUCGACAUCAUCAUAGUGGAUACCAUGGAUUCCUCAGAGGAGCUUGAUGAAGCUCUGGGUCAACUUUACAGUGAUUCGCGCGAUUUUUUACUAAAUCAAAGUGAAUUUGAUGUUCCCAUCAACGUUUAUUUCAAUCGAGACAUAUCGUUUAUCCGAUCUUUUGUCUGGGACAGCCUUUUCCUUCCAAAAGAAUGUGAUGAACUUUAUUCAAUUCACUGUUCGUCCGAUACACCAAUAAACUUGUAUUCUACUGCCAAAACCACUCCACCAUUGAGCACGAACAAACAGCGAACCAGUGACGAAAAUCUUUAUCAGGUUAGUGCUCUAGGAGGUACAUUUGAUCAUUUACACGACGGUCAUAAAAUUCUACUUAGUAUCGCAGCCUUCAUUACAAGCGAACGGCUCAUAGUAGGGGUUGCAGACCAGGAACUCUUAGAGAAUAAAAAGUACAAAGAACAACUUCAAUCCUUCAAGGUGAGGUGCGAAUGUGCACGCAACUUCUUAAACAGCAUCAAACCGAACUUAAAGGUUGAAUUUUCUGCCAUUAGGGAUGUUUGUGGUCCCACGGGCACGGUGCCUGAAAUUGAAUGUCUCGUUGUCAGCCGAGAGACUGUUUCUGGUGCAGGAAUUGUGAAUAAAGCAAGAAAGGAGAAGGGUCUUAGGGAGUUAGCGGUCCACGCCGUUAACAUUCUUGGUGGUACGAAGGAAGAUAAUUGGAAGGAAAAGUUGAGCAGCACAGAGUUGCGAAGACGUUCGGCUGAGCGGCAAAUGAUUUGUCGCCACUAA